AUGAAUCGCCAAAUGCAAUUUUACCGUUCAAAAAAGAUUGUGGCUGCCGCUAAAAAUAACAAUAUAAACUAUGAUUUAGAGACGGAAAAACACGAUUUGGACUAUUCAGAUGAAGAUCCUGAUUUUGAGCUGUCUGAAUCUGUAAAAGAUACUUCUUCUGACACUGAUUAUACAUUCCGGGAUUUCUUGGGUUCUUGUAUAUCUCAAUCUGCCACUGAAUCUCUGCAUCAAAAUAGACAACCUGAAAUACACUUCGUAGCUGCAUAUCCCGGUCCAGUUUUUACUUAUAAUGAACAUGAUAAUUUAUCAAACAUCAGUACAACACAAAAUACCAAUCCGCAAUAUGUAAAUGCCACUGAAUCAAAUGUUACUAAACCAAAUAAAAGUAAAAUAAAGCAUCCGAUGAUCGUAAAUAUUUGUGAUGGCAAAUGCAAGAGGCAAUGUACAAAGUUUUCAGUUGAAAGUCGGAAAGAGAUUUGGGAUAAAUAUUGGGAAGAAAUUUUGUAUCAAGGCGUAAUUUUCUCAAUAAAUGCAUAA